CAAACGCCACGCAGACACGAGCCCAGGGGGCUGUUUUAAGCGGGGGUCCCGCAGGGUCCAUCCCGAAUGGAGCCAGGUCGCAUGGCCUGCCCGGGCCACUUUCUUGAGGUGCCGCUGCGGGGCAACUGCCCCAGCGCGCCCAGCGGGGGCUUGCGCUCGCUUCCGCCGAAGGCACGCUGCGACUGGCACACAGCGACCGCUGCUCUUGCGCCGGUCCUGGAAGCCAGAAGGAGACAGGCCCUUCGCCGGCGCUGCGCGGUUGCGGAGCGGCGAGCCGAGCCAUGCGCGGCGGGAGGCAGCGCUUGCGGCAAGAUUUGGGCAGUGCGCCGAAGGAGCCUCGAAGUUCUUCGCGAAGCCGUCGAGGCGCAGCACGUGGCCAACAGCUAUGACUGGGCCAGGCCUAGCUGGCAGAACUACGCUGACAACACUGGCAGCGCCACCUGCCGUGUCGCCAACGGGCGGAGCGAGAUUGAUUGGGACUACCAUGGCAUCUACACCGAGAGUCGCUGCGACAUGCAGGAUGCCAUGGUUGCAGCCAUGAUUGAGGAGGCCGAAGCGAGAGAAGCGAGAGGGACGCCCCAGAGCGCGACCUCGAGCCCCUGCGCCGUCUUCAGCGCCGGUGCCAUAGGCGUGGGCAAGUCCUAUACGGUGGGAUGGCUGGCAGACCAGGGGCUGAUGCCUUCUCUGAUCUCCAGCGUCUACAUCGACCCGGACAUCAUUGCCAGAGGUAUGCCGGAGUGGCAGGGCUACCAAGACCACCUCGGGCAUGGCCCCAACGGCCAUGAGAUGUGCCUCAAGGAGGCGGGCCUGAUCUCAGAGCUGGCACUAUGGGCAUCACUGGAAAAGGGCCUCUCCGUAUGCGUGGACUCCUCGCUGCGCGACGGGGCAUGGCACCGGCAACUCUUCCAGAAGAUCUGUGAACAGCGGCCGCAGUACAGGCUCACGCUGCUUCAUGUGGAGGUGGCCGAGGCGGAGGUGGUGCCGGUGCUGCUGCGCCGCGCGGAGGCGCGGGCGGCGCAGAGCGGGCGCAAGGUGCCUGAGGAGGCCAUCCGGAGAAGUGCAGCAGUUGUGCCGAGCUCCGUUGCGGAGGUGUGCGAUGUGGUGGACCUGUACGUGCGUGUCCACAAUGGCGGAAUGAAGGAGGGCAGCGAGCCGUACAUUGCCGGUCUGUGCGCGCGCGACGAGGAUUCCGCGCGCCUCUUCAGCGACAGCGCGGAGGACCAGAAAGCCGCGUCUGCCCGCCUCGCCGAUUUCUUGUGGCGGCCUGUGCGUCGUUGAGGCGAAAGUGACAAGAUCGGCAGCGAGGGCUGCCGCAGACGAUUUUAUCAAGUCCGCUGGUAGAAAUGAUCAUGCA